UCACUCGCUACUGUCAGCGAUGUACUUGCAAUCAUAUCUUCCUUUCCAAAAGGAGCUCGACAAUGGAUCGCCAUUUCCACUGGUUCUAACGCCGGCGAAAGGAUCGCCCAAGGGCGCUGGAGCUCUCGCCAGCGCCCUGCGAAUCCAGGAGCAGCGAUCGCAGCUGGAUGAGUGGCUGAUCAGGAGCGGCGCGAUUUUGCUGCGAGGAUUCGACGUAUGGACGGGGCAGGAGUUUGAUUCGAUCAUCGAUGCCCUGGGAUGGGAGGAGUACAACUACUUGGAGCUCGGUGGACUGGCCAAUCGAAAGAGGGUCCAUGGAAAGGUUCUCACCGCUAAUGAUCUUCCCCUGGAUUGGUACGUUGGUUACCACAACGAGGCAGCCUACCUCACGAAAUUCCCUUCAAAGCUGGCAUUUUUCGCUGCGAAGCCUCCGGAGCCUGGGACUGGAGGAGCCACUCCGAUCGUUCCAGGGCACGUCGUGUACAAGCGAGUUCUUGAGAGAAAACACUUGGCCGAGCAACUUCUCGACAAAGGCCCUGUUGUAACUCGCUCCUAUCUCAGCGACAAAGCUUUGAGAACCCAGGACAGGCAAACCGUCGAGACCAGAGCCAUGAAGCAGAACAUGACUCUAACUUGGCUCCCCGAAGGCGGUGCGAUUCUCGAGAGCAAGCCCUUGCAGCCAUUGUUUAAAGAAGAUAGUGCUGGAAGGAUGGCGAUCUUCACCAGCAUCGGAUCGUACGUAGAGUUCCGCAAGAUGCAGGAGGACUUUCCGAAGUCGACGAUCAGGUUUGAGGAUGGAACGGUGCUCCGUGAUGAAACCGCCGACGAACUGGUGGAGAUAAUGCUGGAGGAAGAGGUGGCGUUUCCAUGGGAGAAAGGUGACAUUCUUCUGGUGGACAACUCUGCUGUUCUGCACUCGAGGCAGAAAUGCACGUCUAAGGAGCGAGAAAUUCUUGUUUCUCUUGCUCAAUGAGUGGCAUAAGUUCUUACUUUAAAGUUCUAGAUAGUUCGAAAAGUUUGCGUUGAAAGGUUUUAGCUUUUCUGAAAGAUGUGCAAACAAAAUGUAAUCGCUCUUUAUUUUCUUAAA